GGAUGCAGCUUGUACCUCCAUCCUGCCAUCACUAAUCACCCUCAUUCUCCAGGAAGCCUCGCUGCUCAGGUACCCGUUAUAGAUGAGGAGCUGGUGGGUGGGGGAGGUUGCUCAUUGCAGUGUUUUGGGGACAAGGAGGCAGACAGCUGUGGAAGUGUUGGAGCGAGACUGACAAAUUGGAGAUUCAUUCGCCACUGUGUGACUUUGCAAACAAGGUUAUUGGUCCCUGGGCUGCAAAUCUGUGUCAGGAUCUUGCAAAGUUAAGAAGCUUGACCCAGCAAACACUCUGCAUGGGGAGGAGACAGAAAAAAAAACUUCAUUUGCAAAGGAAGUGCCCAAACAUACACAAAUAUACACAGAGCUGGGAGCUGAUCAGAUGGUUCUGUUAUAGAGAAGAAUGCUACGAAGGAAUGGGAAAAUAAAAGUGCUUGAUGUGUAACUGCCAAAAAAAAACAGGAAAAGGUGACACUGCUUUCAGUGAUGAUGGAAUAGCUUCCCUGCAGAAUACAGUUGCCUCAGGAGAAGCUAUUGAACACUGUAUCUGACCUCCAGCCACAGCACUCGCUGUACUUUCAAGGGAUGUGCAUCACCAGUUUCCCCUCUGGGUUUGUAUGUUCAGGAGAUACAGGCCCACAAUUAUUUAAACCAAGUUUUGCAAUACAUUGAGAGAUCGAUGGCAGCUCUCGUCACAUCCUUCAAUGGUACAGGCUUCUCCUUAUGAAGUGACAAGCCUUUCCUUGCUGACCAUUGCAGCCUUUGCUGGUCUCUGGGCCACAACCCCAUUUGCAAUGUGGAGCUGCAUCCAAGGCAACUUUGGGCUCAACAGCACAUCCUGCCGAGACGACCCGUGCCAGAGGGUGGGCCUGGCCCUAUCUGUUGCCUCGACAGCCUACCUCGUGGUCUGCUUCCCACUAGGCCUUGUCCUCAAUGGUUUGGUUCUCGCUGUCAAUCUGCGCCACAAGUCGUCCAUCAACAUGCCUGAUGUCUACUUCACCAAUAUGGCGCUCGCUGGCCUGAUUCUGAACCUGGUGGCUUUCCUGCAGCUCCUGGGGCCUGACCACCUCCUGUGGCCGGUGUGGACCUUCAGCCGGGAGCUCUGCAUGGCCUCCUUCAUCCUCUUCAAUAUGGCUGCCCUAGUCAGCACCUACUCCGUCACCUUGCUGAGCCUGGACUGCUUCAUUGAGCGGGCGUUGCCGCACACCUACAUGUCAAGUGUAUACAACACCAAGCACGUCUGCAGCUUCGUGUGGGGUGGAGCUGCCCUGGCCAGCUUCUCCUCCCUCCUCUUCUACGCCUGCAGCAAGAUUUCCGAGGAGCUCAACGACUGCUCGAAACUGCGGACCAAGGAGCUGGGCGACGCCAUUAUGGUCUUCACGGGGCUGUUGGCCCCCACCGCCGGGGUGGGCUACGCCCUCUGGCUAAUCCACCGGCCCCGUAAGGAACAUCCCUAUCAACUUGAGGAAUCCUCGAGGCUUGACCCUUGCAUCCAGAGACUUCUCCUGGCCACUGUCUCGGCGCACUUUGUCCUCUGGUUGCCGUACUACCUCACCCUCCUGGUGAGCACCGCGCAUUUUGUCACCAGAAGCGAGGGCGAUCGGCACUUUAGCAAGCUGCUUCACUUCCUGAGAGGAUCCAGCGAGCUGCUUGCUUACCUGAGUUCCUGCACUUUGCCCAUGAUAUACAAACGCCUGCAGAAGAGCUUCAGCUGCCGGCUCAGGCUGGUGAUCCAGGGCUUGUAUCGUGGGCAUCUGGGCCACCCUUCCCACGUACAACAGCAGCAGCGCAUUGCAACAGUCUCAAGGGCAGACCUGGCCCUACAGAACAUCAGUGUCUCUGCCCAACACUUGGUGUAGAAUUAGGUCCAAAGGGACCUCAGAAGCAACACUUUCAUGCAGAAGGUGUUGGGUGUUUGGAAUGAACCACUGGAGGAAGCAGAGGAGGCUGGUACAAUUAGGUAUGGGGACAUGCGUAGGAAGGGUUUGGAGGGAUAUGGGCCAAAUGCUGGCAAAUGGAACUAGAUUAAUUUAGGAAAUCUGGUCAGCAUAGAAGAGUUAGACUGAGGGGUCUGUUUCCAUGCUGCACAGCUCUAUGACUCUAAUUCCUCACUCCAUCCCAACAGUCAGACCCUGUCAAACAGGAUUGAGCCUAACUCUGCAGUUUCUGUCUAUGAUCAAACCCAUCAGCUGCAGAAGGACUUGCAUUUGAAUAGCACCUUUCAUCAGCUCACGAUGCCGCAAAGCCACUAAGUAUUGAAGUACAGGAGCAAAUGACUGCAGCUGCUGGAAUCUGUACUGAAAAUAAAAGAAAAACCACAGCAGGUCAGGCAGCAUCCGUACAGCGACAGCAAGCUAAUGUUUCAAGGCUCGUUGAACUGGGGUUGACGUGGUAUAUUGAAGCAUCGUCAUUUUUAUUUGUUCAGGAAACCACGGCAAGUAUAGUGUGCACAAGCAACAAUAUCUGACCAGUUUGAUGAGUUUUUGAUGACAUUGGAUGAUAAGUGGACAUUACCCUGUUCACUGAAGAGAUUCCACCCCCCAACCCAUAAUACCUCCAACCCACUCGUACCUGCUUUCAAAAAACGCCACCUCCUUUCCUUUUAUCCUGAACAGGUUGGUGUUGUAAUUGGGACUCGGGAACAGGAAGUGGCAAAUUUAGCAACUUGAGCCUAUUUCCACCGUUUGCUUAAAUUUUAGCCGAUCUAUCUCCCACACUAUUCACCCAACUUGGUUCCAUACCACUCAAUCCUGUCAAAAUCUAUCAAGCUCAUCAACUUUCCAGUGAAUGCCCAGCUCCCUGGGAGAGUGUUUCAGUCUCCACUCCCCUUGGAACAGCCUCAGGAUGUCACCAGCUCUGAACAGCCAGCCUGGCUGUUGUUUAAGAUUAUCCCCUCUGCCUCGUUCUGGCUCCCCACCAGAAGGAACAGUCCCUCCACGAACAUUUCUAAUCAUCUGAAAAACCUCGUUGGGAUUGUUCUUUAAGCUUCUAGACUCAAGGGCAUACAAGUUCAGUCUUGUAACUAGUCUUCAAAAUGACUUACUCCUGAUUUUGCUGCUGGAAGACAGCACUUCCUGGUUCUUUGGUUCAUAGUAGCGUACAAUAGCACAGUGCAGAAGGAAGGCUGUUCAGCCCGUCAAGUGUGGGGUAGUAUUUCAAAGAGCAAUCCAGUUAUCUUAACUCUCCCUCUCUUUCCUCUUUCACUCAGUUUGUUCCCCUUCAUGAAUGUACCCCAUUGAAAGCUCCUCGUGGAUUGGGAUCUAUCUCUCUGUUAGGCAGUGUAAUAACUUGUAUUCAUUUCUGCUCAAGAUUUGCUGGGGCACAGUAUUAUUAUCACUGGAUUAGUAAUCAUGAGGUCCAGGCUAAUACUCUGGGGUGGAAAUGUUCAAUUCCUACCAACACUUAACCAGGAGUAGGCCAUUCUGCCCCUCAAUCCUACUCCACCAUCUACAUGAUCUGAUUGUUACCUCAAAUCCACAUACCCACCUCUGAUAACCUUUCACCCCUUCACCAAAUCUAUCCACCUCUGCCUUUAAAAUGCUUGAGAAUUCAGCUUCCAGCUUUCAGGGAAGAAUUCCAAAGUCUUAUGACCAAUGGGUGGCUCAACGGUCAGCACUGCAGCCUCACAGCACCAGGGACCCAGGUUCAAUUCUACCCUCAGGCAACUGACUGUAUUGUGUUUGCACAUUCUCCCUGUGUCUGUGUGGGAUUCCUCCUCCAGUCCAAAGAUGCUCAGGUUAGGUAGAUUGGCUGUGCUAAAUUGUUCCAUUGUGUCUUGGUGGAUUAGCCAUGGAACAUGUCAGGGUGGGAUGGACUGCAGAAGGUCAGUUUGGAUACAGUGGGCUGAAUGGCCUGCUUCCACACUGUAGGAGUUCUAUGAUUCUAACUGGGUGGCCCCUGAUUUUUAAAUAGUGACCCUUAGACUCUCUCUCAAGGAGGAACAUCGUCUCCAUAUCAUACCCUUCAGGACCUUUCACAUUUUAAUCAAGAUACCUCUUACUGUUCUAAACGCUGAUGGAUACAUCCCUAACCUGGCCAGUUUUCAUUCUCUUCUGAAGAUGCCAUUGGACACUUUCUGUUUCUCUCUCCACAGAUGCUGCCAGACCUGCUGAGUCUCUCCAGCAGUUUCUGUUUUUUUUAAAUAUAACUUCAACUUUUAGUUCCACUCAUUCAUUAUGGGGAGAAAAACAGGAUUGGGUUUUGAGCUUGAUGAUCAUCCAUGAGCACGAUGAAUGACAGAGCGGGCUCGAGGGGCUGAAUGGCCUUCUCCUGCUCUCAUUGUCUGUUUUUCAUUCUAGAUACUAAUUUGGCAAAGCUUCUCUGAACUGCUUCCAAUGCAAAAGCAUCAUUCCUUCAAUACAGUGAACAGUGCUCCAAAUGCAGUCUCGUACAGAUGACUCCACAGCGCUGCCUAGCUGACAGAUGGGUCUCACAAUUCAGAGAGCAAGGAAUUAUCCUACCAUUAAUAGCCAACAUCCCUGCCUUAGCUAACACUAGAAAUACAGAUUUUCUUGUUGCUUGUAGGACAUUGGUUACAAAGCAGUUACAAUGUACCGCGCAGGCGUUAAAUAUCCCAAGUUUUUCUCAACCAGGGCAGAACGUAGAAAGGGCUGCAGCUUAUAUCACGAGGCAAUGCUGAAAGGCAGUUACUUCAUAAGCUGUGUGAUUCCUCCAAUAGGAUGCCUGACCCACAAGGAGAGAUUGAGUGGAAUUGAGGUCAAAGUGUUUAAUAGAAUGAGAGGAUGAAAUGUAAAUUUUGCAAAGGCUGGACAGGAUGGUUACUGAGAGGUUAGUUCUCCUGUCUGCAGACAACGACCUUUUCGCAAAAGGAAAACUUUUGACGUGUCUUCAAUGCUGGGAAACGCAGUGGACAUACUGUGCGCUGCAAAAUGCCUCAUGGAAAUGACUGGGUUUCACCGACGUCAGCUGAGGGAUAAACAUUGGCCCUGACCAUCCAAAUAGGGCCACGAGAUACUUGAUGUACCUGUGAGAGGGCUUCAAUUGAAAUCCCAUCCAGGUUGUGGCACCUUCGGCAGUACAGCACUCCCUCUACGCAGUGCUGCAGUUGACACUUGUGUGUGAGGUGUGGGUGGGUCACCCAAAGGACAGCAAGAAAGGAGAGAAAACAACCCGAAUUCAAACCUGUCCCCUCAACUCCUGUACAGCGUUUGAUGAAUCAAAAUCCUAACUCUUGCUUACCGCUGAGCAUGUGACAGAUAAUUAUGGAGGUUUGCUGGAGAACUGUACAAAAAUGCUUUAAGACUGUACAAUCUCUCAUUUGGCUUGUAACUUUCUUUCUGUUAACAAUGGAAAGUUUUCUCAAGAGAAAAACUAUGCUUGA